AAAGCAAAAUUAUGGAGGGAAAUAGUUCGGGCGCUGAACGCAGUGACUUGCUUCAGAAGAUCAAAGAGUUUACUCGGUCGAUCGUGAUGGAUCUGAGCCACGGACGAUCACCGUCGAUCGUCAUCGAUAGAUUCAGAAACUACUGCAGCAAUCCCGAUGUGAACUGCUUCUGCAAUUCUGAUUUGCCAAAAGGACAGGAGAUUCUGGUGUUGCAAAGAGAGUGCCAUGCUCGUAGAAUAGAUUUCUUGCUACGAGUUCUAUUAAUUGUCCAGAAACUACUACAAGAAAACAGACAUGGUUCAAAGAGAGAUAUAUAUUACAUGCAUCCAUCUGUAUUUAAAGAACAAUCUGCUGUUGAUCGAGCUGUCAAUGAUAUAUGCAUUCUUAUGCAAUGCAGUCGUCAUAACCUUAAUGUGGUGUCUGUUGGAAAAGGGUUGGUGAUGGGCUGGUUAAGAUUCUUCGAAGAUGGAAGGAAAUACAAUUGCAUAAAUUGUCCUAGCACAGCCCAUCCUGUCCCUGUCUAUGUGAAGGAAGUCACGGACAUUGUAAGUACUGCCCAGUACAUACUGGUUGUAGAGAAGGAAUCAGUUUUCCAGCGUCUAGCAAAUGACCGAUUUUGUCACAUGAACCGCUGCAUUGUUGUCACAGGAAGAGGCUAUCCGGACAUUCCCACUAGAAGCACAUCCAUCAGGUUUUUGCGAGUGCUCACUGAUACGUUGCGUCUACCUAUAUAUUGCUUGGUAGAUUGUGAUCCAUAUGGCUUUGACAUCCUAACUACUUAUCGGUUUGGAUCUAUGCAAUUGGCCUAUGAUGCUGAAUCUCUACGCAUUCCAGAAGUACGCUGGCUUGGACCUUUCCCUUCUGAUUCUGAGAAGUAUUGUAUCCCCCAACACUGUCUUCUUCCUUUGACCAUAGAAGAUAAGAGGAAAAUUGAAGCCAUGUUAUCCCGAUGCUACUUGCACCGGGAGGUGCCACAAUGGAGGUUGGAGCUGGAGUUGAUGUUCCAUAGAGGAGUCAAGUACGAGAUUGAAGCAUUGUCCGUGCACUCUCUUUCAUUCUUGUCAGAAGUGUACAUACCAUCUAAGAUUCAAGAGUUGCGUUAUGAAAGUGAACAUCCAUUGUGAUGAAUGUAAGACAAAGAUGAUGGCAGUUCUUCAGAAUCUCCAAGGAGUAUAUUCAGUUGUGUUAGAGGGAGAUCAAGCAACAGUGAAGAUUAAAGGCACAGUAAGUCCAGAUUUUAUUUUGAGAGUUCUUGAAAGGAGUAGUAAACAUGGACAGGUUUCAAAUUUUAGGUUAGAUGGCCAAGUUGGGGUUAGAGGAAAUUAUUAUAAUGGACCAAAUGAUUAUCCCCCAUAUGAGCCCCCAUACCCACCAUACUUAAGAGGCCCAGGCCCAGACUAUCCAUACUACCCAC